CGGGUUGUGGGGUUUAUGAACACAACUCUCAUUUUUUGUUACUCUUGUUACUCACACAGUAUACAUAAUGUGUGUGGAAAUUGAAUGUGAAAACCUUGGAAAAACGAAAUAUGUAAUUGCAUGUUGAACGACAUCAAACCGCGCUUACAACAUUCUCAAUUUGUCGUUUUAGACGUUCUAUAGGGAUUCCAUUUGAUCUAUUUUGUUGAUGAUUAUUUUACGGAAGAAAAUUACGACUUUACAGUCUUAUGUCAUAAAGCCAAGGAAUACGAUUCUUAACCCAUUCUUUAAUAUCUGUACAGAAAUGCUAUUUUACAAACAUAAUACGGUUUGAAUUUUUUACAAAUUUAACUCAAGAAUUUUUCUCUUUAAUUACGGAAAAAUGAAAGGGAUUUUCAACUAUAAAAGACAUAAAGUGGUUACAUAAGGACUAACCUAACAGGACCCUGAUUUCAAUGAAAUUCUCAAGAUGGAUACAAGGGAACAAAAACAAUUAAACGACAAUGGCCUAAAUGACACGGCUAGUAAAGAAUUAAUUCUGAUGAAUCAAAAUGAUGAAAUGGAGGAUAGUCCUGAUACAGAAAUUGAAGAAACAGUAUGGUUGGAAUUGGAGAAAGAAGAAUUGGAUCAGGACCGCGGUGUAUGGUCAAACAAAAUAGAGUUCCUGUUGGCAAUAAUGGGUUACACAGUAGGUGUAGGAAGCAUAUGGAGAUUUCCCAUUGUUUGCAGUCGGAACGGAGGAGGUGCUUUUUAAUUCCAUUCUUUUUCUGCCUCAUCACCUCUGGUGGGCCUUUGUACUACUUAGAGGUUUGCCUUGGACAGUUUACAGGACAAAGUGCUGCACAAGCUUUUGAGUUUUGUUCAUUGUUCAAAGGCAAGUUUACUUGGUAAUAAAUGUUUACCCUUAUGUUUAGAGAUAUUGAGAAACUCUUGCAAGAAAAGUAGUGAUAUUGUUUAGCACCUUAAUUACUUCAGAAAAGAUUUAGUAAUGUCAACAUGGUCGCCAUUAUUCAAGCAUUUUGAUUCAUUAAAAUCUCUAUAGAUAAAGUAAAGAAAGUAAUAAUAAUGUACUUUUGUAUUAUUGUGUCAUUACUUUUCCGUGCAUUAAAUCAUCUAAGUCAUCAUUAAGGGAUUCUUUAAAGGUUUAUCGACAUUAAAAUUUACUGUUAGCUUUAUGCACACUUUACUAUUUAUUUAUCUGAUAACAGGUUUAGGCAUUCUACAAGUCAUAUUGUCAUUUACGGUGUUAUGGUACGCGAUGUGUGUUUUAGCCUGGGUUCUAUACUUCUUGUACAGUUCUUUCCUACCCACACUUCCUUGGACAACAUGUAAUAACCCAUGGAACACUGUUAAUUGUACAGUCAUAUGGGAUACAGUUUCUAAUAGAUCUAGAGGUACAGAUACAGUUGUAACAAACAGUUCAGCCGUUAAUGAACCUAUUUACACUCAAUCGAAAUUAUACAAUAGGACAACCAACAUGUUGAUCGAUCCAUCUCCAGUUUCUCAAACUAAUAUAAUAUCAUCAUUUAUGACAUCAAGCUCUUCGGCCUAUGAAUUUUGGGAGUAUAAGGUAAUUGGACGAUCUCGUGGCUUGGAGGACAUGGGAAGUUUACAGUUGCAUCUUGUGAUCUGCCUUUUCAUUGCUUGGUUUCUUUGUGUGGCUGCCGUCAUCAAAGGUGUUAAAUCUCUUGGCAAGGUCGUUUAUGUAACAGCUACGGCACCUUACGUUCUUUUGACAAUUAUUUUUAUAAAGGCUCUAACUCUUGACGGAGCAAUUGAUGGUAUUAAAACAUUCGUAGAACCAGACUUUUCAAAACUUCUCACAACACAGGUAUGGUUAGAGGCAGGUCUACAGGUGUUUUUGUCUUUAGGACCUUCUUGGGGAGGAGUUAUCACCAUGUCAAGUUAUAACAAAUUCCAUCAGAAAUCCUUUUGGUCCUCUACGAUAUGUGUCAUCUUUGCUGGAUUCACCGCUUUUUACAAUGGCAUGGUUGUGUUUGCUUUACUAGGAUUUAUUGCAAAAGCGUCCGGCAUGACAGUGGCCAAAGUAGCGGAGCAAUCAGGUAUGUUUUCACUCAUACAUUUCAUUAAUGUAGUAAGAUUAAGCUUAGCUAUUAAAUACUAAAAGUAUCAAAUGUAAUAAAAUAAAAUACUGGAAAGGCAUUAUAACGCAAAACAAAAGGCGUUUGUCGUUCCCGUUAAAAUUCCUUUGAUGCGCGUAAUAACGCCUUUUGUUUUGCGUUAUAACGUAUUU